CGUCUUCUGUCUUCUGAUUGAACAAAAAAUGAACAAAAGUGUCAAAAUUUGCUCAUAGUCAAGGUCGCAAAGCCAAAACAAUUUCAGUUUUGUUGUGUGUGUUUGAGACAGCAUCUCAUAUAUUCAAGGCUGGUCUCAAGUAAAGAUGUAGCCUGGGCUGUCCUUAAAUGGCUGAACAUCCUAUUCCUACGUGCCAAGUCCUGAGAUGACAGGCGUGCACUCCCUUGACAAACCCCGGCAAUUACUGUAAUUUACAACUCCCGUUACUGGACUCCUGAACAAUGAGUUUGUCCUGAGUUCUGUUUGGAAUCCUUAGAGCCCCAGCAAACUCAUCAACCGUCGAGUCCAUUUCCUCCAGAUGGCUCUUAUUUGACAAGGGCAUACGGUAGGUACAGUCAUUUUUCAUCUUCCUGUGAAGGAUAUGCUAUCUGGUGGCUUCAUCUUGAAUGGGCUAUUAUAGCAAACCACGCCGCUAUUUCUAAGAAGAAGAUACCUCGUGGAGGUCAAAAAGAGCAGUUUUGUCAUUUGCAAUAGAGUUUCUUGUUUUUUUUUUUUUUUUUUUUUUUUUUUUUAAAUUGCUGUUAAUCUGAAAACUGAUGUCUCUCAAAGUACAUCUUAUUCGGUGAGGCAGUCAUUGCCGUCCCCGGCCUGAACAUGAGAAAAGCGAGCGCCUUUGCUGUGUGGAGGUGGCACGUGUGUUUUAUAAAAUUUGAGUAAUACGGCCGGUGGUUCAUGAGGCAUCUGAUGCACUUAAAAGAUAAAUAGGUCACCCCUGAAGAUGCCGAGCCAUCUGCUUCUCAAGGGUCUUUGUGCCACGGAUGAAAACGGAAUCAUUAUUUUUGAAUCGCCUCUGCUCACGUCAGUGACUCCCUCUUCCAGCCUGUCCCCUGGUUAUAAGAGCCCGGGAACUGCUGGCAGAUCGUAGGCAGGGCCAGGCGAAGCCCUCUCCAGCAUCCUGGUAAGUUUAUUGCCUCUGUCGGUGCUUCAGCUUCCGUGCCCCAACUUGAGAUGAAAAACGGUCUCAACUUAGGCUGCUGUGGGAUGUGUCUGUCUGUCUGUCUGAGAUAUAUUUGCUGGGAACAUUUCUCAGUUGAGGACACUUUAAGUAUUCUUUCUGGUUGCUAUUUUCAUUUCUUCCUCUUCUUCCUCCUCCUCCUCCUAAUUCUCCUCCUCUUCCUCAUUUUCUCUCACCCUCUCUCUGUAUCUGUCUUUCUCUCUCCCUUUUUGUAGUACCAGGGAUUGAACCCAGGGCUUUGUGAAUGCUAAACCAUCACUCUACCACAGAGGUAUAUCCAUCCGCAGCCAAAGUACUUUCUAUUUCUCUGCCAUUUCAUGUUCAUAAAAAAAAAAACCCUGCAGACUUAAGACAAGAUUUUUAGACUUAAGAUUUAUUUUUUAAUUUUAAAUCUUGUACUGUUUUGGAUAUUAAAUUCUCUCUCUAUAUAUAUAUAUAUAUAUACACACACACUCUGUAUGUAUGUAUGAAUGUGUAUGUAUAUUAUGCAGAUUUCAUACCCAGGCUUUCUAGGGACAGUCCCAUUGCUUUGCUCAGCACAUCACAGUGUUUCCAUCACUGUGAAGUGUUUUAAGCUAGUCCACUGGAUUUCAAGAACCUCAUUUGCAGCUGACCCCCCAAAAACGGUAAUAAAACUUAGGCGAGCCAAUAUGCUCUUUCUUCUCCUUUAUCUGCCUGGAUCCUUGUGUUUCUUUCUCUUCCCUCUGACUUUCUCCGUGACCAUAGUCCCCCCUGUUUCAUAUAGCACCAUGUCCAAAGCACCCCUCCUGCUGUUCUGGGCUGCCCUGGUACUGAGCAGCUAUGCACACGGAGCUGUGCUGAGAAAAGAAGACACGUGGAAGCCGCUGAGCAACCCCAGAAACAGAGAACUGUUUUUCAGAAGCCUCCAGGCCUAUUUUAAGGGCCGAGGACUCGAUCUUGGGAGCCUUCCAAAUGACUUCCCCAUGGAUGAGGACCCCAGACCUCUCCCUUUCCAGGCGGAGCGUAUAGCUUCUGCAUUUGCAGACUACGAAGAGCAGAAAAACUCCCUCCUUAGGUCCCACAAGGGCUGAAAGCUCUUUACCUCCGAGCCCAGGUGUCGCUGUGUUGAAGCUGCAGAAAAGCUUUUCAGUAGAAAGAUUCAACUGUGGCUGAAGUCUUCUUUUGUGUGUGUGUUUCCCUUCCAUGUUAGCCAAUUUAUAGCAUUUUUAUUCUACAUUUCCAGAUUAUACAUAGAGACAGUUGGGCUUUUGCAACAUAUGAUACUGACAUGCAUAUUUCAGGACUAUUUCCCCCUUUGUGAUCAUAAUUAUCUAGUGGAAGGUUGCAUGUAUUUGAAUGAGUCACAAAAAUACAACAAAUGAAAUAAAAUGAUAA